AUGACAUUACUUACUCGCUUAAAUCUUCCUGAAAAUCAUGUUGAGGGUGAGAUUCCAAACUCUAUUGGAAAACUUUGCUACCUGAUGCAUUUUGAUAUAUCAAGUAAUAACGUGACUAGUACUUUAUCCGAAAUCCUUGAAGGAACAGAUUGUCUUUCCAAGAAGCCACCACCUAGUCUACAGGAUUUGGAUUUGUCAAACAAUAACCUGGUUGGUAAGUUACCAGAAUGGCUAGAAAAGGUUGGACCUUUGAUGGAAAGGAUUAUGAGGUUAUUGAUUUUCUGCUUUACAGUAACAAGACAUUUUCUUUCUAAAACUUAUGCACAGUUGAUGAAUUGCUUGGACUCAAAUAGAGAGGCUCUUAUAAACUUCAAGAAUGGUCUUCAUGAUCCUGAAAAUAGGCUUUUUUCUUGGAAAGGAAGCCACUAUUGUCAAUGGUGGGGAAUAAGUCGUGAUAGCAAUACAGGAGUUGUUAUUGCAGUUGAUCUCCAUGACCCACAUCUGCAAUCUCAUGAUUCUUGUAGCAAGUAUGGAUUCUUUAAUCUCAGUGCCCAAAUCAGGCCUUCAUUAACAAAGCUCAAAUCAUUGAAACAUUUGGACUUGAGCUUGAACACAUUCCCCAGCAUCCCAAUUCCUGAUUUCUUUGAAUAUUUGGAGAAUCUGCAAUAUCUAAACAUCUCAAAUGUUGUAUUCAUUGGUGUGAUUCCUCCAAGUUUCGGAACUCCAAGUUUAGGAAAAAUAUCAAAUUUGAAGUAUCUCGAUCUGAAUAUUGAUAGGAGUUUGGUUGUUGAUGACGUGAAAUGGAUUUUGGUCUUGUCUCUUUAA